AUGGACACUUUCGAACGGUUCCUCGAGGAUUGCAUGUCUAUUACGACCGACAUGGGGACUGAACGCCUCACCGCAGACAUUGGGAAUUGCUUGCGCAUUUUUGCCGCGAAGAUCGGGCUUAGCAUUUCUCCCAAGUUCGCGUCUUACAAACGACUGCUGGAGUUUUGCGUGGCUGUUCCAGACUGGCAUCACCUAGUGGCUUGGUGCUUGAAGGCAUCUCUAGAGGCGUUAGGCGAAUGGCCCGAUAUUCUGAGUACUCUUCGAGCGCACUGCAGAUUCUUCAGGAACGCAAGUUAUCGUGAAUCGCUAGUGGUGUGGUUGAAGUCGCAUGGGCAUGGCGAUUAUUCAAAGACUUUGAAGUGCUUCAGUGCGUCGUUCGCCAAAUGGCGGUUCGAGACCGUGCUGGAGGUCAUCAAUUCGCUAAACAAGGUGCGGCAUAUAUGCUCGUUGUUUCAACCGCGCAUGCUUGGCGUGCUUCAGGACGCACAGGAUUUCAACGAGAUUGUCAAACACAAGGGCAAUACUCACUUUUGGCGUUGGGUGCGAGGCUUUCACAUGAUGGCGCACCCUAUUGAGCGAUUUCGGACAUGGGCGACGGCCUGCCCGCAUCCCGAGCACCAGGAAGCGCUGAAGAGGGGGAAGAGCGUCCAGUGCGAGCAGCUGGGCCGUCGGCUUCAAGAGGCGCCCCAACGAGUUGUCGACUUGAAGACGCACCUCACUGACGUGGCAGACAGGCUGGUCCUGGAAGAUGUUCUGGGUGACGAGGCUGUCUUCAGGGAUCUGUCGUUUGCCCUCAGGCGGUUCUUGCCAGAGUUUAAAGAGAAGUUCGCUUGGGUCGAGCUGAUGCCUUACGCAUUCGCCAGUGCCACGGACCAGGCGGUCGCCCGAUCUAUCAUCCAGCAGUGGGAGGUGAGUCCUCGGCGAGACCACCACAGCAUGACGUUAUUGCUCAUGGACGAAUUCGAAGUGGAUGUCAGGAGGAUCGCCGAUGGAUGUAUCAACGAUGCCCCACAACGUUUUUUUUUGGCGCAGGUUGAGGCUUUCCGAAGGAUCCCACUGACUUCCCAGGUUGCAGAAGGCUACCACAGGUCAACGAAGCUCAGCAAAACUCGCGGCGGCUCUUCUCGCUUGCCGUGGCUGCUAUCUUCCAACAGGAUCUGGCAAAAUCUAAACAUCGUGGCGGCGCUUGAGGACAGCCCUGAAGGGCGCGCAUGUCUCGAGUGUGAGUUUAGACGCGCUACCAGGGCACUGCAGACGAAGAACGCGUUGUUGUUGAAACGGGUCAAGGCACCAAUCAGUAAGUGUGUUAAGAGAACGUACCGCCUCGGCGAGUUCAACUAUUUUGAUUGGGAAGAGCUCGCGGCGGACUUGGUCGCCGUGCCGCCGCGGGAAGCCGAGGCCGCCGAGGUUCCAGAAGCCGACGGAGGCGCUCUUGCCGCCGAGGGGCACGCCGACGUUGGCCAGGAUGGCAUUCCUCCAGCACCUGAGAACGAGUCGGCGUUGGUCGAGCUGCACGGGGACGUGGACAUUUCUGCCGCGGAGGGGGUCGUCUUGAAGAGAAGCUACUUGAGCGCGGUGAUUGGCCACCACGAUUUCUUCAGCGUCACUGUGCCAGACCACGAUGACCCAUUCUUAUUCCAGGUCUUGAAAGUCGUUACCAAGCCAUGGCUCGUGGUCAAUCCCAUCAGGGCGCAAGCGCAGUUGUAUAUGCUGAUGGAGAUGCAGGUUGUCUGA